UUGAAAUCAAAAACCGUUUACGUGAUUGUGAAAUAAACAUUGCAAGACGACGAAGAAGGUGGACUUCGUUAUUAAACACCAUUCCUUGUGUCUCUCUGUGAGAUCCUUUUAUUUAUUGAAAGAUCCUGGAAGCCCGACGUUGAACAUCUUUUAAUAUGGUUCAACACGUAAUGUGAACAACUGAUACCAAUUGGGCUGCUAUUGGAUAGAUUGUGCUGUUGAUGAUAAAGAAUGGGGAAAACCAGCAAGAUACUCGUCUGUGGUCAGAGCAGCGUCGGCAAAACGGCUGUGAUCGAACACAUGGUGUAUGGCAACCAUGUGGUUGGAACCCCGACGAUGCCGACAAUUGAAGAUAUUUACACGGCCGUCAUCGAAACUGAUCGAGGAGUCAAAGAAAAAGUCCGCAUUUUUGACACAGCUGGUUUGGAUGGAAGCAAACCAGAUCUCCCAAAACAAUAUCUCAACUUUCCUGAUGGCUUUGUGUUGGCUUAUGACGUGACCAACUGGGAGUCAUUCCAGCGGCUGGACAAACUGAAGAAAGACAUUGACAAGCAUCGAGAUAAGAAAGAGGUUUUUAUCAUUGCUAUUGGGAACAAAAAGGAGCUCCAAGACUGCCGCCAGGUUGACUACAAUACAGCACAGUUGUGGGCCAAUAAAGAGAAAGGUGGGUGGCCACAUGCAGCACAGAAUUUCUUCUCAUCUCUUACUCUUCCUCACACCCUCUCUCUCUCUCCCUCUCUUUCUCUCACUCAUGAGUAUAUUUACCUGUAAGGUAAAAGCAGUGAG